CUCCUAUCUCUCAACCACAACUUUUCUCGAGUCAGGAUACCACCAACACAUAUAAUGCAUAUAUAUGAUUUUAAUAAACCUUCGAACUAUCUAUAUCGAUAAACACACACGACUAUAUAUGUAUACACAUAUAUUACUACUGCACUCUAUCACUCUUGUUCUCUCUAAAUUGUUAUUCGAAUCUUGAAAUUUUCCUUUUCACUAUUCGAUGUUAACUGUGUCUCCACUCAUCGUCAACACCACCUCAAGAGACAGUUAUAUGGCGGCCGAUUUCGCAGAUUUUACGACGGAAGGCUUGCCGGACUUCACGAUGGUCGGAGAAGGAAGUCUAGAUCUUCUUGAAGGAGUCGAUUACUACGACGACCUUUUCAUUGGAUUCGAUGGAGAUGAUGGCUUGCCCGAUUUGGAACUUGAUUCCGAUAUUCUUGGGGAGUAUUCCGGCGGUGGAAGAGAUGAAGAACAAGAAAAGGAGGGAAACACUUCAACGGCGACGGAGACAUCGGAGAGAGACGGUGGGGGGAUUAAGCCCGAUGGUGAUGCCAUUACUCACAAAACGGUGCGUAGGGGGAAACGUAAAGGGAAGAAAAAUAAAGAUGGUUUAUCCGUCGACAAUGAUUAAGAAAAAACCCAAGUUAAAGUAUAGGUGGAUUCUAAGGAACGCAAUGCUACACUAACGCGUGGUUGUUUAUUGUCUAGUAGCAAAACAAUAAUCUUAAGUUUAAUAU